AUGGCGCAUCCACUCUUCUGGCCUGGAGUAUACUACUUCUACCCGAUCGGUAAUACACCUGCGAUAUGUCUGACUAGAGACCUUGCGCCUGAAGAACCCGCGAACAUCCUGUUGCUCGGAUGUGGGGAUCCGAGGAAUAUCUUGUAUACCAUUUUCUGCGAGCCUAACGCCAUGAAACGCAAACUCGACUUCACUUGCUGUGACGUAGAUCCUGCGAUACUGGCGCGCAACGUACUGCUCCUGACAAUCGUCGCCGACAAACACCCCAACGCGACUGCGAUAUGGAACAUUUUCUACCACAUGUAUCUGGAUGAUGAAUCGCACAAGGUGUUGGUGGAGCAAUCCAAGAAAUUGCUUGACUUCUCACAAAGUCCCCAGCACUGGCGUGCUUCUCCGUACGGGCCCUUCAUCCGUAUGUGCACGGAAUUUACACUCGUAGAACUGCGUCGGCACUGGUCUCUUUACGCCUGUAUGCACAGUCUUCCGCAUAGCCGUAUCGCUGCGAUAUGUGAUGCGUUCUCGUCCAAACUGGCACCUCAGAAGUCCCACAUCGUCCUCGGCACUACACGAGCCGCUGGUCCGCUCAUUGCCAAGGCAUCGCCCAUCUGCGCCGUCCAAUUUGAGCGGUACUGGAAGACGGGCGUGACGUUCUCGGACCCCGAGCGCAUAAUCGCUUCGAAGCUCGUGAACCCCACUUUCGUCUAUUCCCUGGGCGGCGAGGGUUUCUCCGUGCAGUACGGAGUCGACCCAUUAAUCUCUUUCCAUUAUGCUGCCGUUCUUGGCAAUGCAAAACGAGAACUUGGCGUAUCCGAUCUUGUGGAUGCCGCGCAAGCUCAGUUCAAGGAUUGGUGCACCGCAUUUUCCUCCGCAACUUCCUCCCUUGCCUCUUCCGUACCCGUCGUUCGCUGUUUCGUCGGUGAGGCCGCUGCAGUUUGCCGUACACUUCGGACGUUUGGUGAGACUGGAACAGUAUCGUCUUCUAUUCCCGUGUCCCAGUUCGAGACACAACUCAUACAACUAGAUGAGGAGGAAUACAACUCGCGUGGCGCACCUUCGACGUUCAACGUGAUUGACUCGUCCAACUUGGACGAUCAUAUCGCGCUGUUGAACGUGCUCAUCAUAACAGUCCCUCUUCUUGCAUCCGCAUCACCAUCCAGUGUGCUGUACACCGAAUCGCUAAAUUAUAACGGAGAGAAUGCCACAAAGGACUUUGCGGAGCGCCUACAUGCCGACAUUACCACUUUUGGGGUUCUCCUAGGAUUAUGCCCCGUUGACUAUCUUUCAGGCUUUACCACGCGAUGCAACACACAUGAACUGCUCAUGUACCUAAAAAUAGCAGACAAACCCAGGCAGUUCCAUCAAGUGACGACCUGGAAGUCGCCUGCAGCUGGAGACUUCCUUGCCGUGCAGAGCAAACAGUGGUGCCUACCACCCGCCUUUGAAGCACGCCAACUCGGUACGCUUCUCUACGACAUGUAUCACCAACUGUUCGAACAAGAGGAUGCAAACCACUUCAUCGAGCGUAACCAGCACAAUGUGCGGAAUGCUAUUGCGAAUUCCAAUCUGGUCCAUUACAUCCGGGAGAGCUUCGUCUUGUUCCUCAAGCUCGUCAGAGAUCGACUACGGAUACCUCAGGGGCAAUGGCUGGAUGUGAUGGAUCAAUUCCGCUACAUUGGGAAUGCCGACCAGACACUCAUAAUGGAUACCGUCCAUUCUUGGGAUUUUUUCACACAGUUACACAGGCAUGGUGUCCAUAGGUUCUCUUUCUAUGAUAUUGUCGUACCCAAAAUUGGCAGAUUCUCCUCGUGGAAGGUGGUCCCCAAAAUCGUACGAAUUGUUCUAGUCGUUCCACGCGAGAAACUGGCAGUGCUCGACGAAAUGAAAGAGCGGAUUGGCACGCCAUUGUUGCGGUGCGAUAUUCGUGGCCCGUGGUCUCGUGGCUUGCGGUCCCAUAACGUCUUCUCAUCCGUUCAUGCCGCAUUCGGCCGGGUCAUCUCGAGAGGGACAGAAUCAAAUCCCCGCGUUCUUUUUGAUAAAGAUCCUGACGGGUGGAAGGGAACCUUACCGCUGGUAGUGUCGUUCACUUUAGCGGCAAGAUAUCUCACGGAAUUUGAGCCGAUGGAGACUCUAGACAUAUACCUCUCGGUCCGUGACACAGUUGCAAGUGUAGUGAUGCUCUCCGAUAGACUUGGCAUGUGGCUCAGCCUCUUCAAUGCCAAGCUGAUGGACAAGUCGCACGUCUAUGUCCUCCCGGAGGACUUUGUACCUUCCGAAUACUGUUCCACGCCUCCAACUGUAGAGUCUCCAGCUCCAGGUCAUCUGGCCCAGAUUGGUUCGCCCUGCCAGAUGGUCGUUGAUUUGGACGAGGAAUGUGAGGUAGUUGCUUCAUUAACCUGCCGGAUCUGUAUCGAAGAUAAAGAAGUCAAACGUCUUUUCGCAUCCGAGAGGGCGACUCCACAAGUUCUACAGGUGUCUCCCUGUGUGAUGCGGCUGAGUGUCAGAGAUUAUACACAGGAUGUGGUCUAUCCAUUUCCCAUCGUAGGGAGUCAGAACAAGCUACGUCUGGCCAGAACGUCGUUGUACAUUGAGGUGGUCGUCCCACCGUGUGGCCCAUUUCAGAAACCAGAUGGCAUGAAAUUGAAUCCCUUCCCAGUUGUGCGCUCUGCAGAUGUUUUGAAUUUAUGGAGUAUACAUCGCCUCAAUCUCCCUCUCCUCCCCAUUCUCGACCUCAAGUCACCGGGUAUCGAGAAGUGGCUCGAUUCUCACCUCGGCACAAUGUUCUCAACACGCGAACAUUCUGUUUUGAAGAAAAAGAACGAAGAUGAUGUUUUGGCACUUGUCAAGAACAGUCUAAAUUCUAUUUUCGUCCGCUCUACGGGGAUGCAAAACUCUCCUGUGCGACGAGUGUUCGCAUUGCGAGAUGCAGCUACGAAUGAAUGCGAUACCCUGCUGUUCAUCAGUGAGGUCAGAUUUGACCUGCAUUCCCAUACACUAGUCUGGGACGGAUACGUACUCCCGCUUACUCCGGAGUUGGAGGCGGACAUCAGAAGCAUCUUCAGCAAGCUGGUUAAGGAGGAAACCAUGUCCCAAAUGAUGACAUUCAAGGGCGAGCUCGGUGCAUGGAAGCAGCUCCUGCCCGCUUUGGUCGAGCGCUGUCGGACAACUUGGAUGCACGGAGUCAACUGCGAAUACAAAUCCACGGGUCAGAUCCCGCGCUCGGUAGAGUUGCACGCAGUAGACCCACUGUGUAGUUGUGGUAGGGGGAAGGAUACGGAAGGUAUGUCAAAAGUCGCGCUGUGGAAGGACUUCGCGCCGUACAUGACCCGAGUGGCACUGUCUCCGCUGUUUGCAGUGUCGUACUUGGAGACGGUCACUGAGGGCGUGUGGACGGUGCAAGAAGGUACGAUACUGUUCCGAAAUGUGCCAGAAGAGAGACUGGAAAUCACACAAAGUGCGCUGCAAGGCCUGAAGGCGCCGCAGCAUUGA